AUGGUCAUCGAUAAAUUGCAUGGAACAAUUGGCGAAGAUAUUAUGUUUGCACUUGAACUCAGAAAACACUCAAAUUGGAAACAUUUCAAUAAAGUCGAGACGCCACAAGAGUUUUUCGAGUCAAUGGCAUAGUUUGUUUUUUUUUUCUUUUAAUUUUCAUAGAAAACAUUUAAAAUUAAUGAAUUUUUGCAGCAAAUGUCCAAUGCCAAUUCAAACAAGUUAUACAAUUUAUAAAAGACCAGAUUAUCCAGGAAGACCCAGUUAUUUUUAUCAUUUUUAUUCGACAUAUAAUUACAUUGAUGAAUUGACAAAUCUUGAGAUUUUUGAGAGAAAAAUGCAUUAUAUGUCUUGUGUUCCACGUCGAACAUCAAUUCAAAAAGAACUUGAUCUAUUAAGUUCAACAAUUGGAUUACGAUAUGAAAUGGAGCGAAGGCGAAUGCUAUUUUCACAUUCUCGACCUCGAAAACUUGAAUUUGAAGCAACAUCGAGAAGAAAAUUGGAAACAUCCAGGGUAUUUAUUGCUAAAAAUGAAUAUAAAUCAACACCAAUUUUUGGACAUAUGUUAAUUCGAGAUGAGCGAAAAAUUCAAGAUUCAAUGAAUAUCGGUUUGAGAGAUUUGAAUUUGGAAUGUAUCCAGAAUCCGGAAAAAGUUGUGAAUGGAAUUGAGAAUUUUAUCAAGAGAAAUGUUGAAUGGACAAAAACUCGAUUACAAAUUUCUGAAUUUCCUAUUUAUUUACAUUUUUCAUUUCGAGCGUUGAUGUGAGUUUUGAGACACAAAAAUUUUUAAACUUCAAAGUUUUAUAAUUUCAUUACAGUAACUGCAUCGACAAUCAUCAAACAUCACCAAUCCGAAAUCGAAGCGAACAAGAACUUUUCAAUGAAUUCAACUACAUCUCAUCGCAUUUCGCAUUUUCAGCACAUUUUUGUAAAGUUUUACACAAUUUUGAGUUUCGUCGAUUGGCUGAAGAUAUGAUUAUUCGGAAAAAUGGAACCAAAGGUUCAAUUCUUCGAGUUCUUCCAAGUCGAUAUAAUAAUAAUCCAGCAACUUCAGUUGUCCGAAGUAUGUUUCUGUUUUUUUGCUGCUAACAAUUAUACAAUACAGUAAUCUUUUUUGCAGUUUCAAAAGGUGGAUUUCUGAUAAGUACAAUGUGUAAAACAACAAAACGUGCUCCAUCAAUCGAAUCUUUGAGUGGUUAUUCAACAGAUAGUGCAGCUUCAACUGCCACAAUUUCACCAUUGGAUUGGGCACAAAAUUGGAAGUUUCAAGACAAGGAUUUUGAGCAUCGAUUGAUGAAAUGUGGAACUUCGGUUGGUUUUUUUCGGAAAUUAUGUACAAAUAGUUUAAAAACCAUGAAAUAAUUUCUAGAAUCCAGCUGAUGUGAAACGCGAAGCAAAACAGUUUUGGGAAGAGCGAAUACAACGUGAAAUGCGUCGACGGAAAGAAGCCAUCAAGAAAGUCAACGCAAGUUUUGUGAUGAGACAAAAUAUUCCAAUUUUUGAUGAAGUAUGUUUUUUAAUUAAAAUUUGGUGGGAGAUAGCACACGCAAUUAUAUUGUGUAGUUGAGCUAAAUUGAAAUAGGUUGACACGCAGACUUCUUUUUUUUAAUUAUCAUGGAAGUUAUUACUCACGAUCUACCAGUUAGUUUUUCUCAGUAGCAAAAAAAUCAAUUAUUUCGAUGUUCCCAUAAAAAUUAUUUUCAGUUGAUGCACAUUCGUCAACCAGCUGCAAGUGUUUAUCUUGGUUACUCAGAACUUCACAAAAUCCGAAAAGUUUUCGAAAAAUUUGAAAAUCAGGGAACUAUGGAUACAGCUACAAAAAUUCUGUUAUCAAGAAGAUCGGAUUAUAUUUUAAGAACACAGUGGCGAAAAAAUUGGAUGGAUUUGGAGUGAGUUACAGUAACUUUUCAAUAUAUAUUUAUGAAUAUUAUUUUUGUAGCAUUGACGUGACUGAUGGAUGGAGAACAUUAUCACAAAAUGAGGUGCCAACAAAUAUUGAUAAUGUUGGACGAUUUGUAGGUUUUAUAAAUUUAUUUUCAAAAAAUCCCUAAUCAUUUUUUCGCAGCUUCGACGGCCUUGUUCUUGGAUCGAAUCGAAUUGUUAUUCAUUUGCUGAUACGAUUCCACGAUGUGAUCAAAUAACAAUUGUAAGUUCACACAACUCUCAAAACUCUACAAAGCUUACACAUAUUUUCUUUUCAGAAAACCGGACGAAAAUUCAAGAAGAUCACACUUUUCCUGAUAUCCGUUGCUCUAAUUGUCAUUGCAUUUUUCUGUGCAAUUCUAUCAACUGGAGUUUAG